UACCUGCUCGCUUUCACUGCCGGCAUGGCCGUCAUAGUGGAUAAACCAUGGUUUUAUGACCUGCGAGAAACAUGGAAGGGGUUCCCGAUACAGACUAUGUUACCAUCGCAAUAUUGGUAUUACAUGAUCGAGCUGGGUUUCUACUGGUCCCUCCUCUUCAGUGUUGCUUUUGAUGUUCGAAGGAAGGACUUUAAAGAGCAGAUCAUUCACCAUGUUGCAACGAUCAUCCUCAUUAGUUUUUCCUGGUGCACUAACUACAUUCGAGCUGGGACACUAGUCAUGGCAGUUCACGAUGCGUCGGACUACUUUCUAGAGUCAGCCAAGAUGUUUAAUUAUGCUGGGUGGAAAACCACUUGUAACUCACUCUUCAUAGUCUUCGCUGUGGCAUUUAUCAUCACCAGGCUCAUCAUCUUCCCUUUCUGGAUCAUUCAUUGCACAGUGAUCUACCCUUUAGAGCUGUACCCUGCGUUCUUCGGGUAUUAUUUCUUCAAUGGAAUACUUGUGGUCCUACAGCUCCUACAUAUCUUUUGGGCAGCUCUUAUCCUUCGAAUGGCGUUAAAGUUCAUGACUGGAAAUAUUGUGGAAGACGAGCGGAGCGACCGAGAUGAGACGGAUAACUCCAACGACGAGGAGGAACCUAUCAAGAAUGGCCCCGUCUCCAACGGACAUCCUGUUUUGAAUAACAACCAUGGGAAGACCGAUUAGUGCCUUACACUCCUCAGGGAGGGGUUGUGGGGGUGGGGGGCGUUUGUGGGGGUAAGGUGGUGCCUUGGUUAACUUUUCCCUCCCCUCGCUUACCCACGCCGCCCCACCACCAACCCCUUUAACCCUACGGAACCCACCCUGUCCUACUGCACAGCAGAAGUUGCUACAGAGAAAGAAUCUCUAGUCCUAAAUUUAUAUAAAAAAAAAGGGUUGGGGUGGUGGAGUGGGGGAGAGUUGUGGAAAUCAUCGUGGCUUUGAAGAGAGAGAAAUUACUGGUGCCGAGUGCCAUCUUUCUCUCUCCACCCUUUCCCUUUCUCGUCCUCCAUUCCCCAAGGCAAUGUGUCCCAUUGACCUGGGGUGG